AUGGCAUCGACGCCGUGUCCGUACGCAGCCGCGGGUGCCAAGGUGCUCGUGGCCGAUGAUACCUGCCCAGAAGGCGGUGUGUGCGUCGUCAACAGCAAGUGCAAAGUCGUGGGCCGCUUCAACGACACUUUCGACACCUUUCGCAAUCUUAGCGCCAUCGGGCGAUUCGACAAGUACACCAGGGCUGCUCUCACCGUGGGAGAUUCGGCGAGCGUCGACCUGCGCCUCAUGGAGCUCUCGCCGAGUGUCCGAUGGCUAGAGUUUCAAAACAUUGGGGCGCUGGACCUUGCGCGCGCCAAGCCACUGCUUUCUGUGACCAAAUUGUGGAUGGAGAACGUCUCGCUGGCGCCGUUGCCGCCAACGAUUGCGUGGUCGCCCAAUCUCUUUGAUCUGUCCCUCUCCAACUGCUCCCUUUCCCACAUUCCUCCGAACUUGCCCCCCGGCAUGGGGUCUCUCUGGCUCGGGAAGAAUUCGAUUACAUCCCUCGCGAACCUGCCAUCGAACCUGACGCUUCUGGUGCUGGGGGGCAACAGCUUGACCGAGAUCAUCGACGUAGACUGA